AGCUGCAACUCAAAGUUGUGCCUGAAAUCGGCGGAUCUCUUGGUUUGUUGCAUUGCACUUCAACUUGCAACAUGCAAUGCAAAAAUGAUUGCCCGCCGGAUCUGACAUGAAGCGGUGUUUUUUCGUGACCCCGGUCGUUUGCCAACGGUUCCGGCAAAAGCAUUCGCCGCUGGUGGCGGGGUUUCGCAGGGCUCAAUGGCAUUUGCCGUGCAGCACACCCAUGCCCCAAAGCAGAGCACAAAGCUUUAAAACCGCUGUUGCCUCGUCGCUUCUUCAGGUUGAUGGUCGCCAAUUUUGUGAAUGCACCGUUUCCUUGCCUCGCGGCGUGGCAUGCAGUCUGGCAGUUGGAGAUUUUGGCCACUGGCAAACUUGAGGCUUGAGGUGCUCCCACCUGACGCGCUUGGGCACCGUUUCCUUGACUUUGCCAGGGGCUGCAAUGCACCGCGCCCAAUGUAUUUUUUCCUCAUGGCGUUGUUCACCCAGGUGAUCUACUUGAUCAUGUUCACAUGCUUGCUCUUAGUGCUGUUGGUCAUUUGGUACCGGCGAGGGCUUCAAAGCCCAGCGGAACCCCAUGUUGCUGUCAUUGUCCUUGGUGACAUUGGGCGGAGUCCACGCAUGCAGUAUCAUGCGGUGUCGCUUGCAAAACAUGGUUGUGAAGUCUCGCUGGUUGGGUAUGCUGGAGCUCAGCCUACAGCAGAGGUCCUCUCGCAUCCGCGAAUCCAUUUGCGCCACAUCGUUCCGUGGGAGUUUCCGCGAUCGCUGCCAUUCACAAUCAAAGCCGCUUUGAAGGUCGUGUUCCUGGUGUGGGGGCUGCUGAAAGUUCUUUUGUUCUCAGCACCAAAGUUUGAUCUCCUUCUGGUGCAAAAUCCGCCGGCCAUUCCGACCUUAGUGCUGGCCCGGAUCAUUGCUACACUCCAGGGGGCUUCGUUAAUCAUAGACUUCCACAAUUUCGGCUACUCUCUGCUGGCACUGAAGCUGGGGGAGGCACAUCCCUUGGUGCAGGCGCACUUGGCCUAUGAAACAUUCUUUGGCCGCAUGGCAGAUGAUGCCUUCUGUGUGACGGCACAGAUGCGCUCGCGAUUGGCGUCGGAAUGGAGUGUUUCUGCGACCCCAUUGCAUGACCGGCCUGCAUCCAUGUUCAGGCCCACGCCACUUGAGGGGCAACAUGCGCUGUUCCUAAGCUUGUGGGAUAGUGGCCUGUUGGAUCGGUUGUCUGAUUGGUGGCCCGAUGGAAGGAGCCAAACCCUGUUCACUGAAGUUUCAGAAGGACAGGUCAGUCGCUCUUCGAGCAGGCCACAUUUGGUGAUCAGUUCCACCUCUUGGACUCCCGACGAGGACUUCAACCAGCUGCUCGACGCGUUGCCCGCCUUGGAUCGCGACCUGGCCAAAGCUGCCAAGCGCGCGGUGGUCGUGGUGACGGGGAAGGGUGAGUUGCGGCAGCAAUUUGAGGAUCGCUAUGCAGCGAUGUCGCAGCAGCUCAAAGCGGUUCGAGUCCUGACCCUUUGGUUAAGUUUCAAGGAUUACGCUCUCUUGCUGGGAAGUGCCGAUCUAGGCUUAAGCUUACAUACUUCUUCAUCCGGCUUCGACCUUCCUAUGAAGGUGGUUGACAUGUUUGGAGCAGGCUUGCCCGCAUGUGCCAGAUCUUUCGCCGCACUGCCUGAGCUAGUUCGCCAUGGUGAAAAUGGCUUCACAUUUUCCAGUUCGGAGGAGCUUGCCCAGAGUUUAUCGCACGCUUUGGGCGUUGCGACGUACGACUUGCCGCAGCUGGAGUCGGCUGCCGGGCAGCCCAAGCUCAACGGCUGGGAUGAGAACUGGGAUGCAGUAGCUUGGCCGCUACUUCAGUCACACCUACAGAAGUCGCGGAGGAAAGCUGACUGAAGACGCUUCGGCGAGCGCCAAAGACGCGUGGAGCGCUGACGGAAGUGUUUCGAAGCUGAAGCUGAA